AUGCGCAAGGGCGUGCUUAUUUUCUUGGUCAUAAACCUCAUCGUCAUCGGUGUGCUCGUCCGCAAUGUUUGGACGCUUCUCGAGCUGCUUGUCGUCGAUGGCUCCGAGGACCGCAUCUCGCGCGCUGAGCUUCCGGCCCCUAACUCGGGCUCCAUCAGCGAGCGGCCCCAAUUGAUCCCCAAGAUCAUCCACCAGACUUAUAUCAACGAGAGCAUUCCAGAGGUUUGGCAGGAGGCACAGAAAAGCUGCAUCGAACUGCACGAGGACUACGAAUACAAGUUGUGGACGGACAAGAAGGCUCGCGAAUUCAUCGCCGACGAGUACCCGUGGUUCCUCGAGACGUUUGACGGCUACCAGUUUCCCAUCCAGCGCGCUGAUUCGAUCCGCUAUUUCGUGCUCGCGCACUUUGGGGGCGUCUAUAUUGACCUCGACGAUGGCUGCAACCGCCGCCUGGACCCGCUGCUCUCGUACCCGGCCUGGCUUCGCCGCACCGUUCCCACCGGUGUGUCCAACGACGCCAUGGGUGCUGUCCCGCGCCACCCCUUCUUCCUGAAGGUCAUCGAUGCGCUUCCGAGAUACAACCGCAACUGGCUGCUCCCCUACAUCACCGUUAUGGGCUCGACCGGCCCGCUCUUCCUCAGCGUCAUCUGGAGGCACUAUAUCAACGAGGGUUCUGCGGCUGCUGAGAACGCCGGAAUCCGCAUCCUGUUCCCUGACGAGUACAACAACCACCCGUGGAGCUUCUUCACGCACCACCUCGGCAACAGCUGGCAUGGUGGAGAUGUGAAGCUCAUUUUUUGGAUGUCCCGCCACUGGUUCUUCCUCACGGUCCUCGGGUUUAUUAUUGGCUUUUCGGUCAUUGGAGGUCUCUGGUGGACAUACCGUUGCGUGGCCCACCAGAGCAGGAGAGGUGGGAUCGCCCGUCUCCUGCCUAUCCCGGGAGCGCGUCGCGCCGGAGACGCCGAGUAUGAGCUUGUUGGCCAUGAAGAUCAUCACAAGGUCUAG